CUCCCCGUUUUUGGUCAUAGCGGCCGCGUAUGCCCAUUUGAGAUUACUGAUCAUGCUUCUGCGAAUAUUAGGACCUAACGCCGAUGCUACCUACUUACAGGCUUUGUAAGCCUGCCGGAUCGAUUACAAUACAUGCUCUGGGAGUUGUUUCAGCCAAUGGGCUUCGUGAUCACUAACUGCUACCCCAAGUUACACGCAUCAGUUUCGACCCCGCUUGACUCUACUCUUUGUGUAUAGUUCAGCUAAGAUACUGCUCUUUAAUUUGCAGUUCGAUAUAGCGUCAUGUUGAUUAGAGUGCUGCCGGUAUUAAUGUUACGCCGGCUGAAAGGAUUCAAGGUUUGCAAGCAGGGUGCAAUCAAAGACGCUCUGGGACUUAGCCCACUAAUGAUUUACAAGAUCAUUAAUCACGGCUAUGUUACUAAUCUUAAGCACCUACCACUACUCGCGUCAAUUGCAUAUAAAGACCCAUUUUCUUCAUGGUCAUCCAAAACAUCAGCAAGCUUCUUACAAAUUCAGCUUCGAAAUCAAAGAUGACUCAACGCCGCAUUUUCGUGAUUGGUGCUACUGGCGCCCAAGGCAUACCUGUAUGCCGUGGACUCGCAAAGGACGGUGGAUACAGCUUGCGCGUCCUGACGCGCGACUCUACAUCAGCUCGAGCACGGGAGCUUGCUAAACUGGGAGAUGUCGAGUUCGUCGAGGGGACCUUUGCCAAUGAAGGCGAUCUCCGCAAGGGGCUUGAAGGGUGCUGGGGAGCCUUCAUCAACAUCGAUGGGUUCAACUGCGGCGAAAAAACUGAGACCUACUGGACCAUCCGCUCUUAUGAGCUGGCGGUUGAGCUGGGUAUCAAGUUUUUCGUGUUUGGAAACCUUGACUAUGUCUACAAGAAGAGCGGCUACAAGCCAGAAUUUCGGGUCGGACACUAUGAUGGCAAGGGGCGUCUUGCGGAGUGGAUUCUACAGCAGAGGAAGGGCAACAAUAUGGGUGUCGCCAUUUUCACUACCGGUCCGUACAUGGAGAUGACUAUCACGGCGAAGACCAUCAUGACCCCGCGAUUCGAGGACGGGGUUGUCACUUGGAGAGCUCCGCUUGGCAAAGGCGCGGUUGCACACGUCUCCCUCGAUGAUUGCGAGCACUACGUCCGCUGGUUAUUUGAUCACCCUGAGGAAUCCGAUGGGAUGGACCUAGAAGUCUCCAUUGAUCAUGUCCAAUACGAAGAUAUGGCCGCCGCGUUCGAAAAAGUAACAGGAAAACCAGCUCGCUACAUCGACGUCCCAAAAGAUAUCUAUUUCAAGCACAUGCCCAUUGCCGAGGACGAACCCGCUGGAUAUAAUGCCGAUCCAAAAGAUCCCGCAACUAUGAGCUUCAAAGAUAAUUUUUCGGGAUUUUGGACUAUGUGGGCGAAUUCGGGGGGGAAUAUUGGGGUUAUUAAGAGAGAUUAUGCACUUUUGGAUAGGAUUCAUCCGGGUAGGAUUAAGACUGCGGAGGAAUUUUUUAGGAGGGAGGAUGAGAAGCUUAGAGUUGCUGGGAAGGGGGGUUUGUUUGAAGUCAUUCAGUCCAAUAGCUUGGAACUUGUUCUGAAGAUAUCUGUUGAUAAUAGAAUGGGGAAAUUGUAAAUUGCAAAUUGAUGAUGGGGUAGAUUGGAAUGUUUGGGGGGGCAGUCUUGCGCUGGAUUUGAGGUUUUUUUUCUUUGCGGUUUAGUUUUAGUGGUGUGAUGCGAUGAUUGGUGAUGCUAUUGGUGCAAUGGUCUCAUUAAUCGCAAGUGUUCAGCGCGAGCCUAGUGUAUAUUUUCCAUUAGAGUUUCAUUUCAAGAACUCGGUCGCUUAAUAUAAUUACUUAAGGCAUGACUAACCUAAGAGCUCUUAUACAGUAUUAUUCAUCUUGCUUAGACAGUAUCUCCCAUAACUACCUAGGUAUAAGCAUCUAUUCCAUAUUU